AUGAUGGAUAUGGAGAUGAACGCUGGUUUGGACGAUGAGGGCAGCGAGAGCAGCGAGGUCUCGGAGGGCAGCUCUGCCAGCAGCACGUUCUGCAACCUGGAGAGGGAUUACUCCAAGGUAUUGCAAGAAAUGAAAACGAACGAGGCGCUGGCACCUUUCAUGCAAGAGUACACCAAACUCUACGAGUCCCUGUACAAAGCGCACAAAACGGAGAAGGAGUUGACAGAGAAGUAUAAUUCCACGAAGGAAGAAUGCUUUGUGAGUGGACACAAGGUAUACGAGUUAACGCAGACGAUUUCGAGCAAGAACUACGAGAUAGAGAAACUGAAGCAGGAUGUCAUGAACGCGAUGAAGCGAGCAGAUUCAGCUCACACGCGCGAGCAAAAUGCACAGGACACGAUCGAGAAUCUGCGAUUGAAUAUCCAACAACUGAGCCAAGAAAUCGCGCAGAAGAAUAGGCAGUUAGCUGCUAGUGAAGACACCAGCUUCGCGAAGCAAAAGGAGCAUCUGAUACAGGAGAAGGAGAACUUGAUGAGCGAGGUGGACACGCUGAAGCAACGGCUGAAGAACAUGGUUCUGUACACAGAGGAAUUGGAGAAGAAGAGCAGCACUGCCAGUAAUCAGAUAGCCGAGAUGCAGGAAAAUCUCGAUAUGCAACUGAGCGAGAUCUCGAGAGAACGUCGAGGCAGACAGAGGGCAGAGGAUGAGGUCCUGCAGCUGCAAGAGGAACUCGCUACGAAAACAAGCGAUCUCGAGACGGCAAACGCAGCGAUCCAAGCGGCAGCUGCGAACGUGAUAAAACUGGAGAGUUUGCUGAAGGAGCAGAGGACAUCCGCGGAUAAGAUGCAAAGGGAGAUGAACAAGCUGUCUGUGAAGAAGCUGCACCUCGAGACGGAUGUCGAGAACGCGCAUGCGCAAAUUGAGAAUUUGGAGAUGGAAAUUGCGGAUAAGGACAAGCAGUUCAAAGAGACUAAACAGAUCAUGAACAGGAUGAGAGACGAAGCCUCGAAGUUGAAGGUCGAGAGGGAGAUGACGCUGAAACGGAUGCAGAAGAUCGAGCACGAGAGAUCUGCGAUAGAACAGCAGCUGAAGAACACACAAGCGAAAGCGAAGAACGCGGAGCAUCAGAAGGUCACGUUCCAGAAACAGCUGACCGACAAGGUCCAAGAUAUGGAGAUUCUUCUACGCGAGAAGAAUAUCUUGGCGCGUUCCAAGGAGACCUUGGGCGACCAAAUCAAGAGGCUGAACCACGAAAUGGUGGUGUGCGAGUACAGCAGGAGGAAGAUCGAGCACGAGCUAGACAGUUCGGUGCGGGACGUUAUGGAAAUCCAGACAGUCUUGAACACGGUGGAGAAGGAGAGGGAUAAGCACAACCUGACUGCACAGAAUUUGGCAAAACAGGUGGAGGAAUACAUAAGCGAGACGAAGCUGAAGCAGGUCGAGGUCUCGAAUUACAAGAAACGUUUGGCGGAGAGCGAGGCUAAAUACCGUCAGCAACAGAAUCUGUUCGAGGUGGUGCGAGCCGAAAGGAACACGUGUGGCAAGAGCCUGACAGAGGCCCACGACGAGAUCCAGGAGCUGAAGAACAAACUGAGGGUGCUCACCCACCAGAUCGAGCAGCUGAAGGAGGACAUCGUGACGAAGGAAGGACAACUGAUCAAGGAGGAGUUCCUUCGCAGCAAAGUGGAAAAAGAAAAAGAAGGACUGAAGGUCGAGCUGCAAGGCAGUCGCAAAGAAGUGUCUGAUCUGAAACGCGAGAUCGAAUCUAUGAAGCAGGAGGAGAAAAGCUUGAGACAGGUGAUCCAACGUGCAGAGUUGGACAUCGGAAGGCACAAGAAGGACAUCGAUAACGUGAUGAACGAGAGAGACAUCCUGGGUACCCAACUGGUUCGCAGAAACGACGAGCUGAGUCUACAGCACAGCAGGAUAAAGGUUUUGCAUGGCACACUCCAGCAAGGAGAGGUUCAGUACAAUCAGAGAUUGGAGGAUAUCAAGUUGCUGAAGUUGGAAGUAAAGAAGCUGAGAACGGAGAAGACUCUUUUGAUAAAGAACAUCUCGAAUAUGAGCGAUCUACGCAAGGAAGUGUUCCAUUUGAACCAGGAUUUGACGAGGGAGAGGCUAAAGGUGAUGGCGCUGGAAGAAGUGGUGCAGACGCCGUUGAACAUUCAUAGAUGGAGGAAACUCGAGGGUUCCGAUCCAAACACCUACGAAUUGCUGAAGAAGAUUCAGAUCCUCCAGAAACGCGUGAUAAAGAUGUCAAUUGACAUGGUCGAGAAAGAGAAGAAGGUGAAAGACACCGAGAAGCUGUACAUGAAUCUACGCGAGAUUUUGUCAAACCACCCAGGACCUCAAGUGACAAUCUCCCUAAACAAGACUCAAAAAGCUCUACGCGCGAGAGGACAAAAAGUGAAGUGCCUGCUGGCGGAGCUGAGCAUGUACGAGGUCCAAAUGGGCGAGUACAGGAUCGGCAUGGACAGGAUGAGCAUCGAGAUGACCGAGCUGAGGAAGAAGUUCUACACUCAGAAGAAGAAGCUGGAGAGUUCGGGGGAUUCGAAGCCGAAAUCCCUGACCGAAUCCGUUCUUCCCGCUGUGAAUCGAACCCGAAAGAAAUUCUGCGGCGGUGGCUUCAACAUGGUGACCCCGACACCUAGGAACUGUUUCGUGGUGGACUCUGCGUGCAGAUGA